CUUUGAACGUUGCUCGCGAUGUAUCGAAAUUUUAAGUGGUCCAAGGGAAUCGCGUUGACUCGUUGAAUGCCGAGACGCGCGUUGAAUGCCGUGGGAUUCGAGAACGGCGUCUGGACGCCGAGCGUCUUCCGAAUUUCUCCGUUCAGUUGAUAUACCGGCCAAUGAAAAUGGCGAUCUUCCCCGUGAGAUUAAUUUCAUCCGCCGAGGAGAGUUUCAACCUCCUUGAGAAACUUUAGCGGAUCGGUACUGUUCCUGCUUUGUGCGAUCGCAAAAUUAUUUCGGGGAAUCGAGAACUUGAGGAAAGCUCGAACGAAAUUUCUUCAAGGCCUGUCAAAAGGGAUCCACGUUGUGAUAAAAAUAACCUCUAAAUAUUUUUUAUCUUGCGCUACAUUCUUGAUAACGUCACUCCGGACACUGUGCAACCUCGAUAAGACGCUCGAGUGGAUUUGUUUAUAUGUCGUUCACAAAGCGAAAUAUUAUGUUUAUCUUCAUUUUGGAAAAGAUUAGUUAAAAGGGUUGCAUUGUUUUACAGUGGUGCGCUAGCACUCAAGUAUGUCAGCACAAGAUGUAGAUGUUGCAGAUAAUUCCUUGGCACAUGAAGAUUUUGCCCUACUGCACAGUUUGGAGAUGAAGAUGAGGUAAACAAUGCAGAAGUGCAAGAAGUGAUACUCGAUGAACAAAUGCUCGGCACUACUCUUACGGCUAUAACCCUACCGGAUGGCACCCAAGCCUUUGUUACGAAUAAUUUUGGAGCCAAUGAUUCCGAAUACAAAGACGAGCCGGCGUUAGAAUUACAAAAUGGAGGCACUAUUUUGCUUCGAGGUUUAUCCGAUUUGACGGAUGGGAAGACGCUUCAACUUGAACUGGAUCAUGCAACUUUUGUGCAAACUACGGAUCCAGACACACAAAAUGCGGAGGAUACAUAUUCUCAAGUAGAAUUUGUUAACGGAACUACAUACAUGAUAACUGGACAUGUAGACGUAAACAAUGAAUUGUGGGAAAUUAAAGAUGGUAAACUGAAGAAGAAGGAUGCAAAAAUUGUGAUAAACAAGUUAACUGAACCCAAGUCGAGAAAUCAGCAUCCAUGUCCAAGAGAGGGCUGUACAAAAGUUUACAGCACUUUACAUCAUUUAAAGGUUCAUGAACGAUCUCACACAGGUCAGCGGCCUUACAGAUGCUCCCAUCCCAAGUGCAAAAAAAGUUUCUCAACUGGUUACAGCCUGAAAGCUCAUUUACGCACACAUACUGGCGAAAAACCGUAUAAAUGCCCUACAGAAUCUUGCAAUAAAAGUUUUAAGACAUCUGGUGAUUUGUUAAAACAUGUUAGAACCCAUACGGGUGAGCGUCCCUUCAUUUGCCCAUUCGAUGGUUGUGGCCGAUCUUUUACGACGAGUAACAUUAGGAAGGUGCAUGUACGUACCCAUACUGGCGAACGUCCAUACAAAUGUACGCAACCAAAGUGUGGGAAGUCAUUCGCUAGCGCAACAAAUUACAAGAAUCACAUAAGAAUCCAUUCGGGUGAAAAACCUUACGUGUGUUCUAUAGAAAACUGUGGACGUAGAUUCACGGAAUACUCUAGUCUAUAUAAACAUCAUUUAGUCCAUACCCAACAAAGGCCAUUCGAAUGCAAACUGUGUUUUAGAAAAUAUCGACAAAGUAGCACACUUGUAAUGCACAAGAGAACGGCUCACGCUUUAGUUGAGAGCGACGAUGGGAUUGAUGUUUUUCUACAAGACUCUAGGGAAAUACCUGUUACAAAUAAAGGAAAACGGAAAAGUAAUACUUCCAAACCAAAUAUCAUGGUAGGGAAAGACAGACAGUAUCAGAUUUCUGAACUGAUGGAAGAUUCAAAUGAUAACGAAACGCAGAUCCUACUCGUUGGUGAUCCUAAUCAAUUAGCUGCCUUACAGCAAAUCGAGAUGGAGGAUGGAUUCGAUGACAGUCCAAUUGACACUUCAUUGGAAGGAUUAAACAUCAAGAUCGAAGAUAUCGAGUUUGGAUGGAACUGAGAAGUUAAAACUAAUGGGUGCAAAUAAGAAAAAUCUAUUUUACCUUUUUAUUACAUUCAAGAAUAUUAAAUUUAAAUUUGCAUGUAUGAAUUCACAAUACAUACAUUCAUGUAUUUAAAUA